AUGGCCACUGCAAUUUUGAAAUUUUAUUUUCUGGUGCCGUGUCUCUUUGCCCUCUUCGUCCACGGCACCAGCUGGCCGGAGCCAUGGCCUUCCCAUUGGCUCCAGAAGACACCGCUUCAAUUUGAAGACCCACAGCAGAUUCCUCUCUCUGCAGGCAGCAGUUGCCAGACGAGCAACAUCACUGCCUUCGAAAUGGCAAAAGGAAGGAAAAUCGUCGGCUUCGCCACCGAUGCCGUAGAAGACCUCGAGCUGCCGAAAAUCAGGCCCCUGAACUCGUCCGCUGGUGAGCAAUGGGAGUUCGAUGGCGUCUCCGAGGAUGGCAUGCAGUCUUUCAUCUUCGGCUUUUAUCGAGAUCCCAAUUAUGCCAUCCUGGGUGCGGGCAAUUUCCGGCUGUCUGUUGAAUUCGCUUUUGCUGACCGGACGCGAUUUUACGAGGUGUACUACCCGCAAAGAUCGGUCGUGGAGACGUGUCCGUCUGUCGGGACCAGGGGGAUGUGGUUUGACGAGCAGGACGGCUAUCGCUUCGCGUUCCAGGUGAACGCCGAUAUGAGCGAGGCUAUCAUUACGCUGGACUCCGAGACGAUCAAAGGGAGGGCAGUCAUCCGAUCUCGUGCUCUGCCAGUAACGGCAGAUGGGCACCUGUGGCCGGCUGAGAAUGCAACCACGGCGCCUGUGCCCUACUGGCAUUGGUCAGAGCCCAUCCCAGCGGGAAUCGUGGAUGUUGAUGUUAAAAUCAAAGGCAAACAAAUUGCUUGGUCUGGCAUGGGUGGGCAUGAACGAUUCUGGUCCGCGUUCAGCUGGUUCACCUGUCUGAGAAGCCUCAAUUCGGUCAGGGCUAUGCUAGGCCCCUAUGUCCUCACCUAUUUCGGCUUCAAGUCUAAUAUGGCCGAAGACCUCUCACACCAAUCUGUGGUUCUGUUUAAAGACGGUGUUCCUAUCUUCCGGAGCACGCUUGCUGUCCCUUCUGAGACGGAACCCUAUGCCCUGGUCACCAAGACAUAUGGCGGCUCUGUGACUGGCACGCUCAAGGAUAAAGUUACCGGUUUCCAGCUCGAGCUCGUGUCAUCGGCAACCAUGCAGCACUACACCUUCUUUGUGGACCAUGCCAAUUUGGGGUUUGAGUACAUACUCGGGGAGGGCGUCGGAGGUAGUGGGUUCUCCGGUAUUUCAAGGGGCGGACAUGUGGGAUUAUCUCAGUAUACUGGCAUUGCACUGACCGAGGCUUUGACCUUUCCAAAGAACUCGCCGCUGUUUAGGAGCAAUUAUAUAGAGUAG